AGAACCUACUGAGAGGAUGCACACGCUCUGCCUGUGCCUGUGCCUGCUGCUGAUGCUGCCGCUGCUGCUGGUGGCACCUGCCCAGGCCGAUGUUAACGGCACAAUAUCGCCCAUCAUUGGCGUGCUGGCCCAAGAGGUCUACCAGGAUGGUUUGAUUUCAAAGCAUUUCAAUGCGACCAGCUAUAUUGCCGCCUCGUAUGUCAAGUUCGUGGAGGGCGCCGGAGGUCGGGUGGUGCCCAUCGGAAUCGGACACAAUCGCAGUUACUACGAGGAGCUGCUGCAGAAGAUCAAUGGUCUACUGCUGCCCGGCGGCGCAACCUUUUUCAAUGAGACGAAUGGCUAUGGCGAUGCCGGUGAGCAUUUGAUAGCAAUUGCCAGGGAGCUGAACGAUAAUGGCACCUACUUUCCGGUUUGGGGCACAUGUCUUGGCAUGGAACUGCUGGUGCUCAAAAUGGCCAAUGGCACGGAGACGCGCAGCAAUUGUCAGGCCAUUAACAUGGCCCUGCCCCUGGAGAUGAAGCAGGACUACAAUGAAAGCCGCCUGUUUGGCGGCGCCAGCGAGGAGAUCAUUACGAAGCUGUCUCAGGAGAAUGUCACCUAUAACUAUCAUCGCUAUUGCUACAAGGAGCAGAGCUUUUCGCUGCCAGCUCUGAAUAACUCUUGGCGCAUUAUGUCCCUAAAUCAUGAUGUGAAUGGCAUUGAGUUUGUCUCCACCAUUGAACAUUUGAGCUAUCCAUUCUAUGGCGUACAAUUUCAUCCAGAGAAAGCGCUCUAUGAGUUUGUCAGCAAGGAUGUGCCGCACUCUUCGUCGGCCGUGCAUAGUGCACAGUAUUUUGCGGACUUUUUCAUCAACGAGGCGCGUCGGAAUACGCAUAGCUAUGACAAUGCCACAGAGCAGGCGCUUUCCCUGAUCUAUAACUAUCAGCCUGAAUAUACUUCAGUGCUGGGCUCCGGCUAUGUGCAGCAAUAUCUAUUUGAGGAUCCGGAUAUAGCGGGCGACGGCGAUGAUGAUGGCCCCUAUCCCUACUAUCCUUCUCCCAAUGACAAUGGCAAAAACGGUGUCGCAUCGUGGUCUCUCGGUUUUGGACUAGUUGUUGCCUUAGCUUUCAGAGCGUUCGCUGUGAUAAUGGAGCAUAGUUAAGAUUAAAUGUGUCUAGUUCUUAUUUGUGUGCUAUACAUGCAUAAGUAUAAAGUGUGUAUAUAAAUGAAGAAUAUCUUUUU